GCACUGCAUAUUGCAUCUCUUAAAAGUUUCCAAUUACCUCUUCAUAAUUUUAAUUCUCCCAAAUUAAAAUUCUGGUAAGCUACUGUUCAAACACAUACACUUGCUCUGCAUAACACUUAAUAGCUCUAUCUUCUUUCUCUGUGAUUUGUGCGUGCCAUCCUAAUGCAGGUGUCAUGCUAAUAUUCUCUGUAUCGUUCCUUCUUUCUCUACAAAUGAAAGAAAAUUACUGUCAACAAUACCUUAUAUGACCUUACCCCUCUCCAUCACCGUUAUCACCAUCACCAUCAUCGCACUAAUAACAUCCUUCUUACCAUUUUCUCAUUCCUUAGGUAGUUCCUCCAUCACACUCGCCAUCAUCUCCUCCUAACCAGCUACCAAACGACCCCUUACAACUUUAUCUUCCUUCUUUCUCUACAUUUCUGCGUGUCAUUCUUCCGCAGGUGUCAUGCUAAUCUUCUCUGUAUCUCUCCAAUUUCAUUGUUCCUUCUUUCUCUGCAAAUGAAAGAAUACUACUCUCAACAACAAUACAUUAGAUGAAGUUACCCCUCUCCAUCACCGUUAUCAUCGCCACUAUCAUCACACUAAUAACAUCCUUCUUACCAUUUUCUCAUUCCCUUGGUAGUUCCUCAACAACUCUCGCCAUCAUCUCCACCACCACUAUCUGUGGCAUAGUAGCCUCUCAACCUGUACAAAGAAUCCAUUGCUUUUCACAAAACCAAUCAACACCUAUACUCCCUAACAUCUCCUUUAGCUCCAUUUCUGGUGGACUUAAUGGCUUAACCGCCGUUAAAACUGACGGUUCUUCACUUAUCUUCUGGAACGCCUCUAGUUUACAACCAAAAAGACUGUUUUUCAGUUACUCAACUUUGUUAACUACUGUUACAAUGGGUGAUACUCAAAUUUGUGCCUUAACAAACAGUACUACCCAAAAUGUUAUAUGUUGGAGAGACGACGACUCAAAACAACCAAACGGGUCGUUACAGUUUAUGUCGAUCUCAUCUGGAUCGGGAUUUUCUUGUGGGAUUGUGAAAAUUUCAAGAAUGGUUGUAUGUUGGGGAAAUAAUAGUAUUAUUGCUUCAGUUAUCCAAUAUGAGUUUGAUAAUUUAUCAAUGGUGAAUAUAUUUGCUGGUGGAAGGCAUGCUUGUGGAAUGAAUACCACUGGAUUUGUUAUCUGUAAAGGAGAUAAUACUAAUGGUCAAUUAGAUAUUCCAUCUAAUUUUGCUUAUGAGUAUUAUGGAUUAGCUCUUGGAGUAAAUCAUACUUGUGGAAUUUUGAGAACUAAUUAUACAGUUGUUUGUUGGGGUGGAAAUGGUGUAUUUUCAAGUAAUGUUACAAAAGGUGUUUCUUUUGAAUCAAUUGUUGCUGGUUUAGAUUUUACUUGUGGAUUAACAAGUGGCAAUUUUUCAGUUAUUUGUUGGGGACCUGCUUGGACUAGUAAUACAUAUCCUUCAGGUACUGAACUUCCUUUACCAGCGAUUUUACCAGGCCCGUGUGUUACAAGUACAUGUGAUUGUGGUAUAUAUCCUCAGUCGAAAACGUUGUGUUCUGGCAAUGGUAAUAUUUGUAGGCCUUGUGAUAUUUCAGUUGUAGUGCCACCACCAUCACCAUCAUCACCAGUGUUUAUUCCAGUGCCAUCGUCGCCGUCUAAAGGGCUGAGAAAGGCAUUAUUAGCUUUUGUAAUUGUUGGAUCAGUUGGGCUUAUUGCGGGGAUUUGUACUAUUGUUUAUUGUUUAUGGACUGGUGUUUGUUUUGGUAAGAAGAAAAUUCAUAAUUCUGUUCAACCUACUAUUGGUACUAAUAAUAGUGGUCAAGUUUCAAGAUCUUCGACUCUAAGGCGCCAAGGGUCGAGGCUAAUGAGGCGUCAAAGGAGCGGAACUUCAUCUAUACAUGGUGACAGGGCAGAGGAGUUUUUGUUUUCGGAGCUUGUUAAAGCUACGGACAAUUUCUCUUUAAAGAACAAGAUUGGUGCUGGUAGCUUUGGGGUUGUUUACAAGGGAAACUUGGGUGAUGGACGUGAGGUUGCAAUUAAGCGUGGUGAAACAAGUGCCAAGAUGAAGAAAUUCCUAGAGAAAGAGAGGGCAUUCGAAUCGGAGUUGGCAUUCUUGUCCCGACUACACCACAAACACUUGGUUAGAUUAGUUGGUUAUUGUGAAGAAAUGGACGAAAGACUCUUGGUUUACGAGUUCAUGAAAAACGGGGCGCUAUAUGAUCAUUUACAUGAUAAGAACAACGUGGAGAAGAGUAGUAGUAUAGUGAAUUCUUGGAAAAUGAGGAUCAAGAUUGCAUUAGAUGCUGCUCGUGGCAUCGAAUACCUUCACAAUUAUGCAGUUCCAUCUAUAAUCCACAGGGACAUCAAGUCGUCCAACAUUUUAAUAGACACAAAUUGGAUCGCAAGAGUGUCUGAUUUUGGAUUAUCGUUGAUGGGGCCUGAGACCGAUGCCAGUUUCAGUCAGCCAAUGAGGGCUGUGGGCACAGUAGGGUAUAUCGAUCCGGAAUACUACGGACUAAAUGUCUUGACAGCAAAGAGUGAUGUCUAUGGACUCGGGGUGGUACUGUUAGAACUUUUAACCGGAAAACGAGCCCUAUUCAACACUAGUGGAAAGGGCGAUGCGCCAAUGAGUGUAGUGGACUUUGCAGUACCGGCAAUUAUGGCUGGAGAAUUGAACAAGAUUUUGGAUCCCAGAGUUGGCAUCCCGGAGCUGAGGGAAGCAGAAGGAGUAGAAUUGGUGGCAUAUACUGCAAUGCAUUGUGUGCAUUUGGAAGGAAAACAUAGACCUACCAUGGCCGAUAUUGUUUCUAAUUUAGAGAGAGCUUUGGCUACAUGUGAUGAUAGACAUGGAAGCAUCUCUAGUAGUCCAAAUUCCAUUAUUUCAGAUUGAUAUCCCACGUAUACAUCCGUGAAAGACUCCCGGCCACAAGUAUCACUAGAAGAUAUUUAUUGGCGGUUAGAAUAGUACUAUUCGUGUAACAAUUGUUGUUAGUGUAAACUGUAUAGAGUAGAUUGUUCAGUCUGUGUAGUCUCUAAGUGAUUUUGUAAAAUGUUUAUAGCCGGAAUGAAAUUCUUUUCUUCCUAGAA